AUGUCCAUUCAGUCGGUCUAUGCUUGCCAAAUCUUCGACGGUCGAGGCAACCCGACUCUAGAAGUCGACUUAAAGACUACGGAAGGUGUGUUCCGCGCUGCCGUUCCCAGCGGUGCCUCUACAGGUGUUCAUGAGGCCGUGGAGUUACGUGAUGGCGUCAAAUACCAAUACAUGGGCAAGGGUGUCCUGAAGGCAUUUGAAAAUAUGAAUAAAGUUAUUGCUCCCACCCCAAUUAGGGAGAAUAUUCCAGUAACGGAGCAAAAAAAGAUCGACGAGUUCAUGAUUAAACUGGAUGGGACGGAAAACAAAGGCCAGCUUGGCGCGAACGCUAUUCUCUGCGUUUGCAAGGCCGGUGACCCUGAGAGGGGUGUCCAUCUCUACCGGUACAUAGCUGAUGUGGCUGGUAAGGCGGAGGUCGUCUUGCCUGUACCUGCUUUCAACGUCCUCUAG